GCGCCAGACGCGCGCCUGCCGACUGUCUCGCUGCAGGCGAGAGAGAUGGAGGGAGACAAGGAGAGACAAGAGAAAAAAAGGCAGAAAAAACUAGAAAACGGAAGUGUGUAGCGGGACACCGGACUCGAGAUCUGGCGUAUCUGUUCUGUUUCACAGAAGAGGUUCCUUUCCUUUCGUCGUAAAAGGCCAGUUCCUUCCUAAACUGUGAUCCCUCGUUUCCUUCUCCUCUUUAUAAAUGAUCAACGGAGAACGAACUGUGGUAAAUCCUGAGCCCGGCGUCGUCUUCUUUCUCUCCUUCGCCUUCUCCCUCGUUCUGUUUCGUCCAUCUUUACUGUGAUUUUUACAUGUUUCUGAUCCCUCUGUGGCGACGAGAGCUCGCCUCGUCGAGGCUGAGUUGUCCGUGCCUUCCUGUGAAAGAUACACGCUGGCGUCCUCGUUUUUCUUCUUUUCUUCGACCUCUUCUUCGACAACUGCCUCAUACGUUCGGAGCGUCUCUUCCUCUUCUUCAUUCCUCCUCUCAUAACUUUCUUUUCUUCGUUCUCGUUCUGCUGCCCUUCGCUUCCUCGGCUUUCUUUUUCCUUUGCUGGCGAGUCUCUUUUUCUCCCCUUCUUUCCGUCUCUGUCGCCGUCGCGCCUCGUCUUCGCUGUGUCCGGCCUUUGUAGGUUGAGGCUUUUCUCUCUUUCUUGUUCUCCGAUUUUCUCUUACUCUCCCGUAUUCCUCCGCUCCCUCCUCGAUCUCCUCUCUCUAACCUGAUACAGCUGGGGCUUCAGACAUAAACGCUUCGGAAAUCUAUCGCAGAAGGGCGGGUCCUUCCUUUUCUCCUUCUCUUCGCCUGCGAACAAGAGUCUACAGGAGAGAAGAGAACUCAAAGCGUUCGGAGACGAGAGAUAAUGGAAGCAGAGCGGAGAGGAAAGAGGAAGGACGCAACGCAGGUCCCGAAAGGAGAGAGAGAGGCCGAGUGAGAGAGAAAAGGAGAAAUACCGAAAGAGAGUCAUCCUUCUUCCCUCUUGUUCUCUCUCUCUCUUUUCUAUCCCUCCUGUUUUCCUCUUUAUCCCUCCUGUUUUCCUCUUUAUCGCUCCUGUUUUCCUCUUUAUCCCUCCUGUUUUCCUUUGGUCGCCCUCGCACCGUCCUGGCCUCGUCCCUCUUCUCGUUCUCGCUUUCUUCUUUUCGCUGCUCAAGAUGUUUUCUUUGUCGCGCGACUCGGCCUCGGCUGCGCUGUCUGCCGGCUCCCAGGCUGGGCAUCCAGGGGAGCUCUUGUCUCCGCAGAUUCUGCGCGCCCUGGGAGACAAAAGUCAGGAGAAGAGGAAGGCGGCUGCGCACGAAGUCGAGGCGUUGGUGCGUCGCCUCGUACACCGGAGGGCCGAGGCUGCGGCGCGGCUGCAGUCUCGAGUCGAGGCUCCGUCUCAGAGUGUCUCUUCGCCUCCACGCGCGCGAACGGAGACUGGCGCGUCCGGACGCGAAGAAGCCGCUCGAGCGCGCGGACUCAGGGACCGGGCGCGUCUCUGCGAGACACAGCAGAGCGAAGAAGCGCCGGUGGCAGCACAGAUCGAGGCUGAAGACGCGAAACUGCUGCACAUCGUCGCCGUUCUCGACAAAGAGUUUCUGCUCCAGGGGCUCCCGAAUCACAGGAAGGGAGGCCUCGUCGCCCUCGCGUCCGUCGCCAUUGCCCUGGAAGCACAAGUCUCGCAUUUUCUGCCAUUCCUGCUGCCGCCGCUGCUGCGAGCCUUCUCGGACCCUGAGUCCCGCGUCCGCUACUACGCCUGCGAGGCUUUGUACAACGUCCUCAAAGUCGCCCAAACGUCGGCACUCCCUUUCCUCAACGACAUUUUCGAUGGCAUUUGCAAACUGUACGGCGACGUGGACCUCGACGUCAGAGGCGGAGUCGUCUUCGUGGAUCGCCUGCUGAAGGAGAUCUUUGUGUCCGCGAGCGGCUGGGCAGGAAAAGAAGAAUUCCUUCUUCUCUUGGUCAAGCGCUGUCGAGUGAAAAGUCCGUUCAUCAAGCUUCUUGCACUUUCCUGGAUUUCCCUCCUUGAUUCUGUUCCAGAGACGGACAUGCUUCAGCAUCUUCAGCUUUUUCUUGAGAGCCUCUUCGAGAUGCUGGGCGACACAAACAGGGAUAUUCGACAUGCUGCGGAUGCAUGCAUUGCCGGCCUCCUGGAAGACGUCAAAGCCAGUGGAUGCGAAACGGAAGUCACCGUUUUGACAUCCGUCGCGCGAAUCGUCCUCAGGUGUCUGCGCAGCCGCGAGUCGUUCUCGCGUCUCACAGCUCUCGUAUGGCUGCAUGCGAUCCUCUCCCUCGCUCUCCACCCUGCACCUGCCGCUGCCGCCUCGUCCUCGCCGACCGCGGAGACUCUCAGCGACAACAGGCAGGAGGUGGAGAGACGCCUGAAAAACGAAAAGCGAAGGAACAAAGAAACCGCAAACGAGAAAGGCAGCGGCCGCACGCAGAGCGGACGAGAAGGCAUGCAACAAGAAGCGGCAGACAGAGACGACCCCGAAGAGAAGGAACGUGAAGAAGAUGGAAGUGGAGAAGAUGGCAGCGCGAUAGCAGAAAAGACAGAAGAUAAUGUAGAAGAAAAUGAUGUCGAAGGCGGAGCUGACGAAGAAGACGAGAAUCAUAAACGUCACCUGUGGCAGAUGGCUCUUCAGAGAGAACUGGAGCCUCUCUUCCCGCAGAUUGUCGACAGCGUCCUGCAGUGUGUGGCGGACAGAGAAGAAGAGAUUCGCCGACUUGCUCUGCAGAAUCACCAACAUCUUCUCUUCAAGAUGUUGACGAAAGGCUUCGCCUUCGACGUCCGACAAGUUGUGUACGUUUUGGUGUUCCACCUUGACCUCCAUGCGCCUUCCGCGGCUUUCGGAGCCUCUUCGUCGCUCGCUGCGUCUCCAGAGGCUCUGUCGGAAACGCUGAGUCCUUCCCGGGAGGCAAGCCGAGUCGUACGUCUCCUCUGUCUGCAGUGGCUGCUGCUUCUUCUGCUCGAGCACAGUGCCGCCAUUUUUGCGGAGGACCUGGACGUCCUCGUCCUCCGCGCGGCCCUCGUCGCCCUGAGAUUUGCGGAGAGAGAGACGGAGAGAGAGGCGGGACUCGACGUCUCCCCCGCGCAUGCAGCGCCGCUUCCUCAGGCCUUUGCGCGUGCCGCGGCCUCGCCGGCGGUCGCAGAAGAGGGCAAAGGCAGUUUCGGAGACUCGCGAAGGAACCCAGGGGACCUGCUUGCUCGGCGGAGACGACGGUGGAGUGCAAACACUGGAGAGAGCCUUUGGGGGGAAGCCGGCGGUGCAGCUCGGCUCGCGCGACACAGCGGCGCAAGGAGGCAGAGGAAGAUCAGCGAGAGAGAAGACGAAGAAAUCAGCCACCUUGCUCUCCAAAUCAUCGCCCAACUCACCGACGAGCGCGAGGGAGUGUUUAACAGACUUGUCGACCUUCUCCUCGAUUUCUUUCAGGCAGAACGCCGCAUGAUGGAGACACGAGGACGAGAGAUGCUGCGACGCCUUUGCGACUUCUUGCGGCCGCGGAGACUGUACGAAAGCGUUGCAGCUUCUCUCGCCCAGCGGACUCGGCUUAUAUACGAGGCGGCGCUGGGAUGCGAACGAGGCGAAGCGUGGAAAGAAGUUCAACAGGACGGCGACAGAGCCGACGGAGAGUUGACGGAGCAGGCAACGAGUGAGUGUACGCGUAGAGGAGAAAGCGAAGGAGACACUCGGACGGAGGGGAGAAUGAAGGCGGCAGAGAAGGAGGAAGAGAAGACGCAACAAAGCGAGAUGGUGGUGGCGACAGAGAAAGAAAGAGGAAGCCUCGGUUUCGACGACAGACUGGAUGGCAAGGAAAAAGGCGAAGGGGUCUGCUGUGCAGCAGAGACUCUUCAGUUCAUGCACCAGGUUGUUCAGGUCUUCAACUGGAUUCUUCUCUCUGCUGCUGAGACACAAGAGCUGCGAGAGGAGAUGCUGCAGGAUCCAGACGCCAAACUUUUUCGCCGGUUGCUUCCAGCCUGGAUGCACAAUCCUGUCGCCACCCUCGCCCUGUCUCUUCGCAUGCGCCAGCACCGCUUGGCGCUUACCCUCGUCCAGCGGCUAGCGACCAUCGGAAAUCUGCCCCUUCAGGUGUAUGUACAACUGGAUCAGUUGGUGCUUCUCUUUGAGUCGCCAGCUUUUGUCUCCGUCCGUCUUCUGCUGCUUCGUCCUCAAGAGCACCCUGACCUCGUCCAGGCUCUUCUCGGUCUUUCUCUCCUGCUGCCGCAGAACGGCGCCUACGAGCUUCUCCACCGUCGUCUGUCGCUUCUUGUGUGUUCCGCCGCGUCUUCUUUGUCUCCUUCUCUCGGUGGUUUUUCUUCUGCGUCGGCAACUGGACAGCAGUCCCUUUCUGCGACCUCAGGAAGCGGACAGCUACAGCUUUCCGAAGAGCCUGCGUGCGUUUCACUGGAAGGGCAGAAGCCGCGAAGAAGUGGAGGGCGCUGUCCCUUCCUUGUGUCGAACUCUGCGCAGAAACGAACAACGCAGUUUUAUCAAUUCAACCAACGUAUUUGUUUUGCGAGUCUCGGCGAAACGAUCUCAAUUUGCCGUGCCUUCUUCUCAUCUACAUCCAUCCACUCAACUGUGUCGAAUUUGUGCCCUCUCAUAGAAAUACGAGGCAUACAAACCACAUGCACCUCAUACACAAGCCUGAAGAGCGGCGCCUAUACACGUACAAAACCAACUCCUCCCAUAGAUACGUGGAUGCUCAAGUUCCGGUCCGCAAACCCAUGUAGACGUUUGCAACUCUACAUUGCUUUCCAAACUUAGUCACACCACCUGUAAGCAUAUCCAUGCACACAUUGAGACAUAUAAAUACAUGCGUACAUGCAUGUGCAUAGGCAUACAUACAUUCAUACCUGUAUAUACACGUACAUGCAUAUACAUACGUACGUACAGUUGUACAUAUAUGUAUAUACAUGUAUUUGUAGAUGGAAAUACGUGUAAAUAUCUUCGUCUCUGCAUGCGUUUGUAGAUCCGGCGACUCGAGGCAUGAUGAAGCAGUAAAGCGAGAUGAUAUUAAUGGGGCGGAUGAGGCGGAACUUCGUCUUGGGUGGCAGAAGACGGAUCUCAGACACCCGAGAUGUUGGCCACUGCUGCUGUGCUUUUUUCAGAGAAAAGAAGAGACAGGCUGAGGCGGCAUUUGUCGACGAAGCAUGUGACUGGUUCGACCGUAUUCACCUUCUUCACAGUGUCGCUGUUUCUCUGGAAGGUAAACUCGGCUUUUUCCAGCUUAGCUCCUCUUCGCGUUUCUGACAUACACACGUCGGAGUGUACCCCUUUCGCGUCUGUUUCUACAGUACGGUGUUUGCUUUCUGUACACGAAAGCUGGGCCUGCUUCUCGAGCAGUCUGUGUCUGUGUGAUCACUUCUGCGGCGGGCGCAUGCAGUGGUUUUCUGUCUCGGGAAUUUGUCGCCGUCCUCUGAGUGAGACUUUUUUCGUCUCUGCUCCACGUGGGGUUCUUUUCGGAGUUUUCCUCAGUCCGCAAAAACCGCAUCGUCAUCGUCGCAGCUUCAAUUGUCUCUUUCUCAGAGAGAGGAGUGUGUUGGGGAUCGCGGGCACUGUAGGGGGGCCUGCAUGCGCAUGCCUCUGCCAUGCUCCAGAAACUGUCGCUUGCCUCUGUGGACACUCGGACCGAGUUCAUGCCGCGACAGAGCAAGUCAUGACGGUAAACCAAGAGUCAUCUAGGGGCGGCUAGACAAAUGCAAACGCGUCCAGUCCACUACAUACAUGUGCAUGUCUGUCAGCAUGUGUAUGUCGUUUUGUAUCUGUCAUGAACUUGUGUGCGACUGUAACAACGCGUAUAGCAGAUGUACAUCAUGCGCCAGUGUCGCUAUGUAGAGAGUUUCUUGCGUCUUGCCAGAUGUUGCGUGCUUCGUUUAUCUCACGUAUGUUUGCAUGCAUGCGUUCGACGGGAGAGGGCUGAAGAUGUCGUUUUCUUAGGGGUCUUGGUCUCUUGCGUAUCCAUCUUUUCUCGCAGACGCACACGCAGCGCUGCCCGCGCCGUACAUUCUUGAUGUCUUUCUUUCUCCUUCCCGUCCGUCUUCGCCAGACGGCCGCGCUUCUCCUUCGCGUCUGGCGUCGACGCAGGCAGUGGAGACAGAAGGGCGGUGCGGUUUCGAGGUGCCGCAGUCGACGCGAGAGGGGGGAGAAGGCAAGACGGCGAGAGGAAUGAAAGACGAGGGGAACGAGAAGGAAGUCGCCGCGAGAAAUGGCGCGACCGGAGGGGACGUGGAGGCUGUGGAGCGGACUCCUCGAGUCCGUGGAGAGGCUGCUUGUUCGUUUUUUUCAGCAGAAGAACGAGGCGCAAGAAGGAGUCAAGAGAUGAAGGUGAAAUACCCAGAAGAGGGUGGACAGAACGACGGAGGCGUGGACAAAACCGACGACAAAGAAGGUCAGAAACAACGCGACAGGUCGAACAGCCGUGACGGUGGUGCAGCGGAAGCAGCCGUCAGAGACAUGCAUAAGAGGGAGGACAGCGCACACGAACUCGAUACAAGUUGUCUUUUCUCGGAAUAUGCUGCCCUCUCGGAUGUCGCGACACUUGAAAGAAACGACCAAAGAAGUCUCUCGUCGAGCAACUCUUCUCUGAAGCCGCACUUUGUUUGUUCGGGCGCGCGAGAGCGGAGCGCCUCAGGCGAAAAGGCAACGGAGGAGUAAAGAGAGACACCGACUUCAGACAUGUCCAGCGCGGCGCGCGAUUCUGUCCUUUUCUCUCUUUGUGAAUUCUGUCUCAAUCCCGCUAGAUGCGACUCGGG